AUGCACAACCUCAACGAUGCUCUCGACCGACUGCGAACGGUUCUGCCCGCGUCGAACGACGAUUGCAAGCUGACCAAGAUUGAAACUUUACGUUUCGCCCACAACUACAUCUAUGCGCUCAGCGAAACGCUGAAGAUGCUCGAUGGCAAAUAUGAACGUUUCAAUCCGGUUCUAGCUGCGGUCGCGUUACAAGGAAGCCAGACGAAGACCUGCGAUGCGACGCUCAAAGCCACGAUACGGAAGGAAAUCGAGGAUUCGAAGUCCCUGUCGCCGAGUCUCCUGUCGACGCCCGAGUAUUCGACCACGUCCAGUCCGCCCUCGUACGAUCAGAUCUAUUCGUGUUGA